AUGAGACAGAUAGAGUCCUUGAAGCCCGGUUCGGUCAUGCUGGAAAGAUCCAAGAAACGCGAGGCAACCCCGGAAGACCCCCGGGCGUGGCAUAGCCUUGCCCAAGAAGCACAUCGUUUCGGUUUUCGAUCGGACAACAUCGAAAAACUUCGUCUGCGGGACCCCGACAGGGUGGCGGCUUCUUCCUUUUUGCAAAAGGUGCGGGAUCCAGAGGGCUUUGAGUAUGUUGGGACAGAAUUCGAGACGCUCGUCGAUCAAGUGAUGGCCGUUCUAGAGCAGGUGACAAAGAAAGAGGCCGCACAGGAUCGGCCGUGCCUUACCACAAGUGAAGACGGUGAAGACCGGUCUCGUCGGGCCGGUCGGCCCUACAAUGAAGCCUACAGACAGAGCGCCAGACUCCUGACGUACGAAAAUGUCUACAGGGAAAUGGGAAUCUCGCAAGGCGAACCAACGUCGUUCUUCGUCCAGAGGGACAUCUUCUGGUCAUUCUUCGGUCGAGCCGCGAAUCUGGAUGUUCCGACAUCCAAUAAUCGAAGUGCAAUGUCCUUAGACGUUGGAGCCGUGCAACUAGACCCACCUGAGGGCAUCCAGUCAUUGUCGACGGCUGCAGGUAAUUCUCCUGAAGCCGAUCGUCAAACAUAUGGUGCCGACGAGCACGGCGAUCGUAGCCUCCGCCGGCCGUCCUACAGCACAAUUUCAUCAAGUCACUAUUCUCAACCAUCAGAGACACCAGUUGAUCCAGGGCCUUUGAUUCGUGCAGAUGACACGGGGAGCGUGUGGUCGGAUGAGGACGAGCUUUUGGGCUCGGGCGACGACUCUGCUCAAAUCUUGACGUUCAUUUCACUUGCUGGCAGGCGACCGGAGGUGCUGGAACAAGUAGCAGUCUCGAACACGAAUGACCGCAAAGCAAAGCUUGCAGCCGGAGCAUAUGUGCGUCGGGGUCUCUUGCUCUACACCCGCCAGCUGCGCUCACUGUGUACGCGGACUUUCAUCGUUUCUGCUCUCUCGGACGAGAGCAAUUCUGUAUUUCUGAUUCCAGACGACCGGACUUGUAAGAGUGCGUACAUGUCUUUGCAUCCUGGUCGCAAACGCCCUGGCGACGAUCUCACCAGUGGACGUCCCAGAAAAAUGUAUAUAGUAUAA